UUUAUUCAGUGAAUAAGUGUUUUACUUUUCAGGUUCUUGUUCAUGAAUUGACGGAGAAGUGCUGGGACAAGUGUAUGGACCGUCCAUCAACACGUCUUGAGUCCCGCACAGAGAGCUGCACCACUAACUGUGUUGAACGUUUCAUUGAUGCCAAUAACUUUGUUGCCAACCGCUUGCAAAAAGUGGCGACUACCUCAGGACUUAUGUAAAGCAAUAAUAAUUAAAAAGAAAAAGAAAUUAGGUCUAGAGAGUUCAUACUCGCAAAAAUAAUACAUAGUUCUCUUGUAAUUAAAACAUUUUAUUGUGUAUUAAUGUAUAGAUUUGCUUUUCUUUCUUAAAUGUAUUUGCUUUCUUAUUUUUAAUUGGCAUAUCUUGUAUUCAACAAAAUGUUGAGAGUGAAGGAUUUUUUAUAUAGACACAGGAGGAAAUUUCUGAUUGGAGGUGCAGUUAUAGGUGGUGUUGCUCUCCUCAGUCGUUAUGCAGAACGUAAGCUUAUUGAAUGGCACGAUCAACAGACACGAAUCUUACUGGACAAACAGAAAAAGCGACAACAUUAUGAAAACACACACAGAACAGCAAAUGCUACAGUUAUGAGCUUGUCAGUCAGUAUGAAAGAAGUAAUUUCCAAAGAGCUAGAUGCAGAUGCACUUCUUCAAGCAGUGAGGGAACAGCCUCAACACAAACAUAAUAUUUGGCAGCAACUCAAGAUUGUGGGAUUCAGUCGUGCUGUUUCAACUGUUUAUGUUGCAAGUUUGGUGACCUCAGCUGUGCAUAUACAACUCAUGCUACUUGGAGGAUACACAUUUGGGGACCUCGUACAUUCUGGUCAUGCAGGCAUACCAAUAUCUCAAGCACUACAGCAAAAAUAUCUUGCAAUUCUUCACUACCUUGUUGAGGAGGGAGUUCCCAAACUUUUGCAGCAUGUGACACAAGCUGUCACCCAUAUAAUCUCUGGAUUGCCUCUUAAUCGACCUCUUACUUUAUGCCAGUUAGAAGGAAUCUUCCAGGAAAUUAAACUUGACCUAGCUGGAGAAGCUGUCUGUGAAGGCGCCUUCAGGAGAGAACUGGCUAAGCUUGAGCCAUGGAGCAGAUAUGUACUUCUUGCUCCUGUACCACCUGAAGGUGGAACAGGUGAUGAUAGGAUACUCUACAAUAUGUUAAUUGAAACAAAUGAUAUUCUUGAUUGUGAAGAUUUUAGUACUGUAAUGGACACUUUAAUUCAACAUGGUUUUAAUCAUUUGUUGGACAGAAUUGCUGAAUUUUAUCCACUCCCAAAAAUCAACUUGGCCAGUGGAUCUAAUGAGAAUUGGGUGGAUAAUUGUAAUUUAGAUUUAACAAAAGUUAUAUGA